AUGCAUUACAUCGCUUUGAAUGCUGUUAUCACUUUGGAUGCCAUUACUAUUGAUGAUACUAUUACUUUGAAUGCCAUUGCUGUUGAUAAUGCCAUCACUUUGGAUGCCGUUGCCAUUGAUACUGGCUUUGAAUGCCAUUACCUUGAAUGCUGUCACAGCUUUAGAUGCUAUUUUGUCAGAUAA